AUGACAAACUCCAUAGAGAUAGUUAUAGUGGGAGCUGGGGUUGUAGGGUUAUCCACUGCAUUAGCCGUAAGUGAGAAUCUACCAAUUCGUCAUAAAAUUACUAUGAUUGCAGACCAUUUUCCAGAUGACUCAGUGUAUGAACCUGAAUAUACCUCACCUUGGGCAGGGGCCCAUUUUAGACCGUUCCCAAGUAAAAAUGAACACGAAGCAAGAGAAUCAAAACUAACGAGGAUAACGCAAGCCUAUUUUAAGAAAUUGGCUAAAACAAAUCCAGAAUCAUCCAUAAAAUUUGUUAAAGGAAUAGAAUAUAUUGAAAAACCAGAUUCUUAUUACAAAAACCUUUCGAAAGGCUACAUGGAAGACAUUGAGAACUUUAAGGUAUUGGAUGAAAGUCAAUUACCCGAGGGAGUUAAGUUAGGCACUUCCUAUGAUACAUGGGUGCUCAACUCUCCAAUGUAUAUUCAGUUUUUGCAAAGAAAAUUGCGAUUUGAAUAUGACGUCAAGUUUUUGAAAAAGAGAUUAAACUCCUUGAAAGAAGUUAACAAAUAUGUCAAAAAUGACCCAAUUAUAAUCAAUUGUUCCGGUCGUGGUUUGAAGUAUGAAGGUGGCUAUGAUGAAGAUAAUUUUCCUAUUAGAGGCCAAACUUUAUUGGUAAACCCACCGGCUGAGAAUCCGUAUAAAGAUAAGACCAUAACUCAUCAACUGAGCAAUGGAUUAUGGACUUUUUGUAUACCCAGACCAUUGAAUGGCGGUACAAUUGUUGGUGGUACGAAGCAAGUUAAUGAUCUUACGAAUACUCCAAAAGAUGAAGAUACAAAUGAAUUAAUUCGAAGAGGUAGUAAAUUAUUCCCGGAAUUGAUGAAAGAAGAUGAGAAUGGAGAGAAAUAUUUUGAUAUCGUAAAAAUUAAUGUGGGAUUUAGACCAGCUAGAAAAAAUGGAUUGAAUCUAACAACUCAGAGGUAUGAUAAGAACAUUAUCAUUAAUGCUUAUGGCGCAGGUGGAAUGGGCUACGAAUUAUCAUACGGAAUCGGUUUUACAGUUAAUCAGAGUUUGAAGAAUAUUUUAAAUAAGUCAAAGCUAUAA